AGAAAUCAUAAAAUAUCUUCCUUAAUGAUAACUCUUUUUCGCUUGUGAAUUGCUUGAGCUAAAAUAAGAGGCAAUGCAUGCUGUGUAUUUUGGAGUAUUUUUUUUUAAUGAUUUGUUGCAAUUGGAAAAAAAGUUACUAUUUCUGACGACGUUUGUUUAUUAAAAUACUUUUUGGAUAAUUGAACUAACAAAGCAUAGUUUGGAGGCAUCCCUUUCUUCGCCCUGAGCUGUUUGAUGCUAACAAGACAUCCUCUUCCCCCCAGACGCAUGUUCCCCACCGUACGGGCGUCGUUCACGGGCCUGCGCAGCGAGGACCGCUACCUGGUGCUGCUGGACAUCGUGCCCGUCGACAACAAGCGGUACAGGUACGCCUACCACCGGUCGUCGUGGCUGGUGGCUGGCAAGGCCGACCCGCCGCCGCCCUACCGCCUCUACGCCCACCCGGACUCCCCCUACACCGGUGACCAGCUCAAGAAGCAGAUCGUCACCUUCGAGAAAGUGAAACUCACCAACAACGAGAUGGACAAGCACGGCCACCACUCACGGCCACCCGGUGCGUGCCCCCAGAUCGUGCUCAACUCGAUGCACCGUUACCAGCCUCGGAUACACCUGGUGCGGCGGCAGGACGCCGGUCAGGGCCCCGUGGCUGACCUCGACCUGGAGGACCACAAGACCUUCAUCUUCCCCGAGACCGUCUUCACCGCCGUCACCGCCUACCAGAACCAGCUGAUCACCAAACUCAAGAUCGACAGCAACCCGUUCGCGAAGGGCUUCCGGGACUCCUCGCGCCUCACUGACUUCGAGAGCGGCUCUCCCCCCCUGACGCUGUCCGUGCCGUGUUGCAGGGAGACGAUGGAGAGCAUGCUGUCCGAACACCCGUACUUCCGCAACAACUUGGGCGCCUCCUCCAUGGACACCCACCACAGCACCACCUCACACCUCAGCCUGGAGGAGCGGGCCGUCUUCGCCGCCCGCGCCCACAUGUUCUUCCGCUCCUCCCACACCUCCACGCCCACCACACCCACCACCUCCCACGCCACUACCUCCCUGGCCCCGCACACCUCGUCCUUCCCGACGCGUGGCCUGGCCUCGGGCGGGUUGGCGCCGGGCCUGGGCUCGGGCGUGGGCGGCCUCAGCAACCUGCCGCCCGCCAUCUCGCAGUUGUACAACCUGGGUGCGGGGCGCACGGCCUCGGCGCCGCCCCAGGUCAACCUGCCGCUACAGCUGUGGUCGCAGUGGGCGGCGCUGCAUGGCCUCAACCAGGUGAACGCCACGCUGCUGGCCCACCACGCCUCCCUCACCGCCGCCGCAGCCGCCAACAACACCUCCCCAGCAGGCAUUGGGGCCACGUCACGGGAGAACGGCGCUGCGGCCUCUCAGUCUGGCAGCAGCGGCGGCGGCGGGGAGGGCGGCGUGAGGCUGCCCCGCCCCAUCUACCCGCCCCUCGCUCCAGGCCUUCACCGCUUCGCUCCUUACUUCUACCCCAAAGGCAGCUCCUCUCCUACAAACCCACGGCCAGGUUCCCCUGAGGCUCGACCUCCCCCCGAGGGUUCGCCGGGGCAGCCCGCCUGAGCCCGGCCAACACUCCCGCACCCACGGACCACAGCUGACCCCGGGCCUCACCUGACGUCUCCCGCCCCCUCGCACAGUGGCCCCGCGGGCACUCUGGCGGCGGGCCUCUUCCAGAGGAGCGGUGCCUUUCAGCGCGUGCCGCACCGUCGCCACCCGAGUCCUGCGCCUCCGGAGGGCGGACACUAACGCAGGGAUCUCGCUACAAGUGUGGGGUCAGUCCAGAUGGUGUGGGGCGGGACGGUCGCCCUCUCUCUCUCUGGCAUUCGGCGGCGGCGACGGGUCAGCUUGCUACACCGCGGCGAGUUCGUGUCCGCUGCGUCUUGGCAAGGGAAGGGCCGGUGGGUGCUGGAGUCAUGGCCGGCAAACAACACAAACCUAGAUUUUGACCUUAAAUCUAGACUUUGUGAGACGGUACUGGAAGCUGGCCAGAGACGCGUCUCUGGCCAGUGAAAACAUUCCCAACUAUUAGCUGUUCACACCAGGGGACCCUCGCGUGUCCCCGCAGUGUGUCUGUGUGCGUGUGUGCGCCGCCCCGGCAGCGCCACGCCAGCACCACUGUCAUCCUCGCAACCCUUAGCUGUGUAGUCCUCGAGGCUCGGUAGGAGGAGAAGCCUUCAGCCCAGCGGCGGCAGAAUAAGUUAGAAAGUGUUUCCACACACUUAGACAUUAUUACCAUUAGUCGGCCUGAGACGCGCCAGGCUCCUAUUGUUCUACAUUCCAUAGUUUUACAGUGUUUUGUUAGUGAUAUGCAGAUAAAUAGUUUAUAUAAGAGGAAAAAGGAUAAAAACUAAAAAAAUGUAACAAUGUAUUGGAUUCCAUAUAAAUUAUAACGAGCACCAAAACAAUGGAAAGGUGACUGUUGGACAAAACUUGAACUCAAGGAUUUGUUCACAGACCAGAGUCCUCCCUCCCUCCUUACCUCCUUCCCUCCCUCGCUACGGACACUGUGUGAGGGAAGGAGGCGAACAGCAAGAAAACACGAGGAAGGGAGAGUGACAAGAAAAGUGAGUGAAGUGGAAACACCCAAAUAUGAGUGCCAAAAUUAAUGAGAAAAAAGAUGUCACUAAAAUGUUUUUUUUAAGAGUAAUUCUGAGACGUUUAGCUUUGCGAGACGUGAUUUAAAGAUGAACAUGAUUAGGUUAAUUCUUCCUCCGUUUCCUUCUUUCUUCUUCUUUUCUUCCUUUGAGCACGAGAAGCCUGUACAUACCAGUGAUAGGAGUAACCUUAAGAAAACUUUAUGAAGAAUCCAGUAAUCAAAUAAAACAUGUACAUCUGAUUAAGGCUUAGGUGAGGCAGGUGAGAAGGGACUUUACAAGGUGACGACACUCCAUGCCUGUUCUUCCCUCCUACACUAACUCUUCACGUUAACUAAAAGGAGGCGCCCCACUCCUUCACCACCAGGAGGAUACCGUUGGCCAAUCCAGAAGCAGGCCGCGGACACUUCCCAAUUCAGUCUAUAUGAUGAGAAUGGUUAAGAUCUUACUGGUGGUUGUCUGGCAUGAGUGGGCGUGGCUUAUUUUCCAUGUUAACUUGAAUAGUGUAACCUUUCAUUUUCUACUUACUAUCUAUGUUUUCUAUCUAUCUAUCUAUCUAUCUACCUAUCUAUCUAUCUGCCUGUCUGCUUCUCCGUCACCUGAAGGGUCCCUCAGAGCGCCACCAUGUCACUUCACAAACCGUGUCAGGAAGUGGGCCGUGAAGGCAUUCCUAAACACAUUCCUCUACCGAUUAAUUUGUACUGCUUGUGUAAAUGAACUCACUUAGCAAUAACUCGA